AUGAUGAUACCUGCAACCUGCUCCAUCGUAACCGCUAGCAACAACACCUUGAUUGAUUCAUCUCAGAGCUGCAAAACUACAUCCAUCGAGACCACCAGCAAUAUGAGGACCUCUAGCCGCCUCCUCCUCCUUGCCGUUGUCACCAUCGUCGCCGUGGUUUAUCCAGUUGCCACUUCCGCUGAGCAGCCUUGGUACCCGAUCGACGGAGAGGACAUCACCAAACCAUUCUUCCAGACCCUCGGCAAGUGGGCGGUGACGGAGCACGUCAAGCAGACGCAACACUUUCUCAAGUUCGACAAGGUGUUUAGCGGCGAAAGGCAGGAGUUAUCGGAAGGCAUGAAGUAUCACUUUGUCAUCAUUGCAUUGAACGGAGGCGGCAAUACCGGUAGGUAUGAUGCGGAGUUGAUCGAAGGCAACCCACGCAGGCUCAUCUCCUUCGCCCCUCCAAACUAA